AAACAUGAGGACACUUUUUCACUUGGCUUGUUCGGGUGUGUGUAUUAUUAAUUAUAUUACUUGGCUUUCCAUCAGAACAGAACAGAAGUAGGAAGAGUUAAAGGUUUGAUCUUUGAGGUGAAGGUCCAGUGGUUUGAGUAGCCAAACCUUAGUUAUGGAUGUUGAGGCAGAGAUUGAUCGCUUGCCAAUUGACCUGUUGGCUCAUAUUUUUGUUCUGUUCACUUCCUUCACUGAUUUGGCACAGGCAAGUGGUGUUUGCAAGAAAUGGAAACAAGGGGUGAAGGAGUCUCUUGCUCGGAGACACAAUCUCAGCUUUGCCGGUUGGAAGAUGGAUGAUGACUCCACUGCUCGCCUUGUUUUUCAUGCCUACAACCUCACUAAACUAGAAAUACCGAGGAGCUGCUGGGGUUGCCAAAUAACUGAUGCUGGACUUCUCAGAAUAUCUUUUGCUAAGUGUAUCAGCAAUCUCACAUCUAUAUCAUUGUGGGGUUUGACUGGCAUCACAGAUGAAGGUGUUGUUCAAUUGAUAUCCAGAACUAGAUCUUUACAACGUCUGAAUGUUGGUGGUACGUUUAUCACAGAUGAAUCUCUGUUUACCAUUGCAAGAAGUUGUCCAAAGUUGGAGACCAUUGUUCUUUGGAGCUGUCGUCAUGUAACGGAGAAUGGGCUUUUUGCGCUAGUUGAUCAAUGUUUGAAGCUCAAAUCAAUGAAUGUGUGGGGAACAAGAGUUCCUGUGGAGUGCCUCAAUAAUUUACUUAUUGUAAGUCCAGCCCUUCAGAUAAAAGUUUGAAACUGGACUGCCUUUAUAGAAUGGAGUUCAAGGUGCUCCAAUAACAGCGGUAUUUUCACUGCUUAAUUUUUUAUGUAUAUGUCAAAAUCCACUUCUUAUAGGAAAUAUUCUGUGACAGUGUAUAUAUAUUGUACUUAAUCAAGUUGCUAUUUACUGUAAAGGAUCAAUUCAUAAAACAAGUCAUAAUCAACGUUUAUUGUACUUUAUUGAUUCA